AGGAGAACAGUACCUCGCCAGUCGAAGUUGUGGCGUCAGGUCAACUGCUGCAUGAUCAGCAUUGUUCGGUCCCGAUCUUGUUUGCAUCGUGACAACUGUGUUCAACCCACUGUUGCGUCUUUUUCUUGUUUAUUUUAAAAAAAAAAAGGAAAAAAAAAGAGCAAAGGAGGGGGAGGAAACACACCUUGUCGUGACGUGGAAAAUAGGGUACCCACGGUUGACCGGCUACAACUUGGAAACCAAAAUAACAUCGAAAACAACUGAACGAUGAAAGCUUACUCUCUGUUGAUUGUCGUGCUAGUUUGCUGUGCUUCCUGGUCCACGGUAGAUGGUGUCAACAAGUCCAAGUUGCCUGCGUGGCACAUACGAUUCGCCCGCCAACAAGGACCGAACGCCUGCGUGGUAGAAGAAGUGCCUGGGACCAAAUGGAAAAUCUGGACCGAGUGUAAAUACUAUCUGCCGCGCAAGAUCUGUGGUCAGAAAACAAUACUUCGAUUUGAGUGUUGCGAAGGAUUUCAUCGCGUUCCCGGACAGGACGGUUGUGCAGGAGUGAAGCCAUUGAAGAACAUCUUGGAAACGGCACGUGAGUUGGGCGCUACAGAUUUCGUUCGCUAUGUUGAGGAAUCCGGUCUACAAAAAGAAUGGGCACGCGAUGGGGCGUUUACGUUGUUCGCGCCGACGAACGAAGCCUUCGCUAAUAUUCCGCGCGAAUUGCGCGCUCGCGUUGACUCGUUCCGCGGGAAUAUUGAAAACCCGAUCCUACGUUACCACAUUUCCGAUCGCAAAAUUACGUCCGAUACUUUCCAAGCUGAUCUGACCAUCCCGACUCUGUACAAUGGCAAUCGUCUACGCAUUAACAAAUAUUCCAGUGGCAUGCUGACUGUCAACUGCCGCACGAUCGUGCGAAAGGAUCAAGAAGCCACCAAUGGCGUCGUUCACGUGAUCGACAGUCUACUUGAUCCUGGUGCAGUUAUGAGCCGAGAUGUUUCGGAGAUUGUAACUUCGGAUGGUCGAUUUUCAGUGUUAGCCAAAGCUAUGGAAGAAUCAGCUUUCUUCAACAAAUUGCGCUCGGCCGGCAAUGCGGCCAUCACGAUCCUGGCACCUUCAGACGAGGCCUUCCAAAAAAUCCCAGCUUCUCGUCUUGAUGCUAUUCUGAAGGACAAAGAAGCUCGAUUGGCUCUGUUGCAGAACCACGUGCUGGUGCACCCGCUGUGCGCUCCGGCAAUCAUUGACGACCACAGUAUGCGGACGUUUGCUGGAAACCGGCUGCGUCUGGAGUGCGAUUCGCAAGGUGUCAGCGUCGAAGGGUCUCGUUUGCGAAAUGACUUCGUUCUCGGUUCCAACGGAUUAGUUCACAUGCUCGACGACGUCCUCCUACCCAACCGAGCUAAAAAUCUUCUUGAACUGGCUGAAUCCGAGAGGCUCACCACUUUCAUGGAACUCGUCAAAAUCGGUGGAGUGGAAGAAGCUUUCUCCAAAUUCGGUGCCUACACCAUCUUCAUCCCGUCCGAAGCGGCUUUUUACUCGCUGCCAGAAGCAGUUUUGCAAGACAUGCGUUCGAGCCAGGAGAAAGCCCAGGCGGCCAUCCUCUACCACGCUACGCAGGGCAGGUUGCUGACCAACAAAAUCAAAGACAGCGAGAUCGUCAUGUCUCUGGACGAAGAAAACCCGCUGCGCUUGAGCGUUUACCGCAAAGCGAUUGGAGUCGAAUGCGCUGUCGUUGAGAAAGCCGAUAUGGAAGGCCAGAAUGGUGUCAUUCACAUCAUCAAUCGUGUCAUGAUUCCAGCCAACAUUUCAGCUGGCGAUCUGCUCCGACGCGAGGGCAACUUCAAGACAUUCCUCCAAGCCAUGGAGUUGGUGAUGACGGGCAGCGACGCUCUCGAUCUAUCCGCCGGUGGCAUUUCGUCCACAUUUUUCGUGCCGACCGAUGCCGCGUUCGAAGAAUUGGGUGCGACAGUGAUCGAGGAGGCUUUGAAGAAUCGCUCCUUUUUGAAAAAGAUCGUGGCUAAUCACGUCGUCCCGGGACUGUUCAAUUCCGACUCCUUCAAGCCCAAUCUGAUCUACAAGUUGCCUUCGUUGUUUGGAACGCUGGAUGUUCGCCGAAUUGAAACCACUCUCAAAGUAAGAGAAGCCUCAGUCAUCAAAACUGAUUUGAUGAACACGAAUGGCGUCAUCCACGUCAUCGAUAAAGUGUUGAUGCCAGACAUGGACGAGCCGGCCGAACCCCUCGUGAACAUUCGCGGAGAUGGAGCUAAUUUUUAAAGAAUCAUUGUCAAAAAAAACAAAAACAAAACAAUAUCUUCUUCUUUUCCUGCUCGUAACCCUCUAAUGCGCAUUUGAAAUUUUCGCGCUGUUCAUCCCGCUCCCGCCUAUAAUCUCUCGGAUCCACUAAUAGUAUACCUCUAUUUUUCUCCCCGUAUCCUUGUUUCAAAGGUGGAAAGCAUUUAUACCCUCCUACAGGAUACGCUUGAAUGUUAACCUUUUAUUUUUUCAACUGGUCGUUUCUCUAACCAUCUUCUGUGCCUACAAAUAUUUUUAUUUUUUGCCCCCACUGUUAGUUGGGCCAUUGGGCUCUUUAGCCGGCGUUUCAAAAAAAAACAAAAAAACAUGUACACCUUAUAUCCGAAUGGUCAUCAACGUCUUAUGUAAAACCAGAUUUCAUAGUUUCAUUAAGGAAGUGGCUUGCAAAAAAAGAAAAAAAAAAAAAAAAUUUCAUGUAGCUAAUCCACUCAUACGGUUGCCCCAGUGUUCAAACGCUUUUUCGUUUUCUUUUUUUCAAUUCUACUCGUUUUGAGAUCAUUGAUGUUCUGGUUCCAUAUGCUUAAUGGAUAACAGGACGUGAUUCAGCUUCAAGCAUUUUAUUUUGAUCAUGCAAUUCGAUUUCGUAUAUUACCUAACAUAGGGCAAUUAAACCACAAAUACUCAGACGAAUCUUCUUGGUUUUUCCAUUUUAGCUUUCUGUGGUUCUCUAUAUGUAUGCACGUUCAACUUGAAAUCAAAAGAUAGAUCGAUAGCACAUGGUUGCAAAAAAAAAAGGAAGCCAUUCCAAGCCAUGAUAUUCAAGUUUCCUCCUCUUUUUAACAAGUUGAGUAUUUAAAAAAAAAUACUUAAACGAGAUCUAAUUUCUCCCCUCCCUUCCCAAAUCUUCUUUCUAUCUGGAAAUGUAAGACCCAUUUGGUUAUGUAACCCACUUUGUUUAAAAGUCUGUAAAGCUUUUUAAAAAUGUUGCGUUUUACUCGUACGGCUGAUAGUAGAAAGCUACUCCACUUUCAA